AUGCCUAGAGCUCCAAAGCGACGACGCUGCAUGUUCGAGGAAGACCUUGACUCCGAACGUGAGGCCCAGGGCCUCUUGGGUGCACAGAUUCCCGAGGCUGUGGAAGAGGAUACUUCCUCAUCCUCCUCUACUGUCUCCUCCUCUUUCCCCUCCUCCUCUUCCUCCUCUUCCUCCUCUUACUGUGAUCUGCUUUCAAGUAUUCCAACCGCCCGGGAGGAGAUGUGUAUUGUUCUUGGCACACCGAGUCCUCCCCAGAGCCCUGUAAGUUCCUCCUGCCCUGCUCUUGCCUCCACUCCCUUGAACCAAUCCAGCAUCCAAGAAAUGGAGGUUUCUAGCACCUCGCAGGCCCUGCCAGACACCGAGUCCUUGCCCAGCUUUGUGAUUGAUGACAGGGUAGGUGCCCUGGUGGACUUCCUGCUCCUGAAGUAUCGCACAAAGGAGCUGACCACAAAGGCAGAAAUGCUGAGUAGGGUUAUCAGAGAGCAUCAAGACCACUUCAGUGUGAUCUUCAGAGAAACCUGUGAGUGCCUGCAGCUGGUCUUUGGCGUUGAUGUGAAGGAAGUGGACCCCAGCGACCACUCCUAUGUCCUAGUCAACUCGCUGGGCCUCACCUACAAUGGGAUGGGAAGUGAUGAGCACAGCAGGCCCAAGACCGGUCUCCUGAUACUUAUCCUGAGCCUAAUUUUCAUGGAGGGUGACCGUGUCCCUGAAGAGGAGAUCUGGGAAAAGCUAAGUGGCGUAGGGAUCUAUGCUGGGAGUGAGCAUUCCAUCUUUGGGGAGCCCAGGGAGCUCAUUACCGGGAUUUUGGUGCAGGAACAGUACCUGGAGUACCAGCAGGUGCCUAAUAGUGAUCCUCCUCACUAUGAGUUCCUGUGGGGUCCCAGGGCCCACGCUGAAACUAGCAAGAUGAAAAUCCUGGAAUUUUUGGCUGAGAUCAAUCAGUGUGACCCCAGAUCCUUCCCAAUCUGGUAUGAGGAGGCUAUAAGAGAUCAGGAAGAGAGAGCCCAGGCCAGAAUUGCCACCGACAUGGCCAGUGCAAGUUCUAGUGCCAUGUCCGUCCUGUAG